UUAAGCAGCUACAGUUCUAUUGACGUCAAGAUUCCUAAAUAUGCCGGUAGAUAUGUCUCAAUCCUCACGUGGUCUAUGCACUUGCAUUCUAUAUAGUAUCUUUUUGUAAACCUUGAAGUUUUGUGCAUAACACAGAGUAAUGGAAGAAGAUUGUGGUGCAUUUGUAGCAGACUGUGUUGUCCUGUCAUGCUGCUGCCAGUGCCUUGUGUUACAAGUUACUGGCUUCGUCUUCUUCAAGAUUCCUCUUAAACUUGUUCAGAAGGUGAAGAAGUUUGUGAAGAGAAGAUCUGGAAAAGCCUUGCAACCAAGGAUGGAGGAAGAUGUUGUCAAAGAGGAGCAUUUGUGUGGUAAUGGGUUUGGCUUUGAGGAAGGGUCAUCGAGAUUUAAUUGCGUUGAAGACAUUGAGGGAAUGUUGCAAGAACUGUCGAUGAACAAGGAGUUCUUGUUUGGAAGCUUCUGGCGCCAUGAAGAUUCGUCUGAAAUUAUAGAUGUCAAAUAGUAAAUAAAAAACAGAGAUUAAUACUCAUCUUCCUUGCUUUAAAUUCAUGUUAGUGUUAUUGAUCACGAAUAAAGAAGCUUAAGGAGACGGAUUCAAACCUCUCUCUUGAAAGACAAGGAGAAGAGAUAGUGUAGGUAGCUAAGA